AUGGUGGACUUUUCGACGGCGCCAGAAAAUAACACAGACUCAUUUGACGUGCACAUCAACGUGAUUCUGCGUAUUCUCGUGGCCCUGACCCUCGGCAUCUGGGGCUGGGCCCUCAACCUGCAGAUCAUGGGCAUGUAUGGCAUUGAUGUGGAGACGAUCCUGGGUCUCAAAUACGCCCGCCCGGCUUUCAGACCCGUCUAUCGACUUGCUCUGUUUGUGUCGAUCAUGCUGGUGUUUUGGAUUCUGCUCUUUUGGGUGUCAGUGGCUAUCGCACCGUUUGACGUUUCCAAGGCCACUAGUCUGACGGUUCUAGAUGUGUUCCCGUGGGUGGGUCUGUUUGUGUUUAUGACGAUCAUUGGUGUCGGAUGGCGAACGCACGACUCGGGGCGCUUCUUCUUCCUCAAGUCGCUCUUCCGAGUGUCGCUUGGAGGUCUCAGCCAGCAACACAGAGUCACAGAUAUCAUUCUGUCGGACGCUCUAACGAGUUAUUCGCGUGUAGUUGCUGAUCUGGCUGUCUGUGUUUUGGGCCUGUGGUACGGUAUUACGUCUAUCAAGCGACCUGAUCGAGGAAUUGGAGGCAGCUGGUUUGUGCCUUGUGUCACUGCUGUUCCCUAUCUGAUUCGAUUGAGACAGUGUCUGAUUGACUACUCGCGUGACGGACGUCACUUCCAUCUUGUCAACGCUCUCAAGUACUGCUCUACACUCCCUGUGUUGGUUCUCGGUACUCUGAUGAAGACUCAUCCCGUGCAUAACGUUUGGCUCGUGGCAGCACUGAUCAACUCGUCCUUCUCCUUCAUCUGGGACAUUAAGUGCGAUUGGAACCUUUCAAUUCUACAGGACCUCUGGGACGGUGAGCUCAACAAUGGGGGGCUACGAAAGACGCUUGUGUACCCCAAGUGGUGGUACUAUACAGCCAUGGUCGUGGAUCUCGUGCUGCGAUUCACAUGGACACUCAAAUUCACAUCGUCCUGGAGUCACGUGCAUGACUACGAGGCCGGAAUUUUUGUAUUCCAGCUUCUAGAAAUUUCGCGUCGGUGGAUGUGGAUUUUUUUUCGGGUUGAGAAUGAGUGGGUUAAGGCCGUGGAUAGUGGAGAUGUGAGGGUCCUCGAGGGAGGUAUCCAGAUGCGGGGAGAGCACGAGGAUUAG